UCCUCCUUCCUCAAACUUCAUUUCCUCCUCGUCCAACCAGUUAGCUCAGUCCUCAAUCCAUCAUAUAAUAUAGCGGGUAAAGACAGCUGUCAGGGAGACACGUCCGAUUUUUGGAAAGGGUGCUGUCCCAGACACUUUUUGGCAGGACAGAAGUGGGACUACAAACGCGAAACGGUCCGGCUGGAAAGUUUGGCCAAAGCUGCUCAGCUGAAGUUGCGUGGCAGUCAUUUGCCGUCUGACAGCUUCCAGCUGCAGAGAAACUUCAGAGUUGGACAUUGACCAGCUAUUUGACCUGCCCAGCCAGCAGCACAGUCUGUCUCCUUUCCUAAUUCGCACCCCCUCCUCGGAAAGGAUUAUCACAGCAAGAGAGCUUCACCAAGCAGACGACACUUAAACCUGCCAGAGGUGCCUGAGCAGUUCACUUCUACACAGGAGACCUUUUCAUCCAUCCGUGGGGUUUCAGGUGGAUGUAGUGUUGCUGUGUGGAUUUUAUCCUUUAUUGCUUCAGAGGGUGAAGCAGUGAAGAUUUGGAGGGCAAGUUAUUCUGUCCUGUCAUCUCUGAGACUAUGGUAGACUGUGUGUCAGAGAGCCCCUCAUCAGCAGCUGCAGCCCUAGAGUAUGGAGAAGUCCAGCAGUGAGGAGUCAGCCAUUCACCGUAGCCCUUCUGUAGACAGCCGCGAAUCCGAUUUUGCUCAAGCCUCCACGUCUGGUCGCCCUUUCGGUGGCCGCGGCUUCACUGCCGGCGCUUUCUACGGCUCCACGGGGCCACGCAAAAACACGCAGCAGGGGCAGACUGGAGCUGCAGCUGACGCCAGCGCGGGAGACAAGACUAACAACAAGUACAGCUCACCCAAAGGCAGCAAAUACAUAGUCUUUUACCUGGAUCUAUCCUUUGUGUUCCUUUUAGAAUUUAAGAAGUGCAACAUGGCAAGAGGCUGCCUCUGCUGCUUGAAGUAUAUGAUGUUCAUCUUCAAUCUCAUCUUCUGGUUAUGUGGCUGCGGGCUGCUCGGUGUGGGCAUCUGGCUCUCGGUGUCUCAGGGCAGCUUCGCCACCUUCUCACCCUCAUUCCCUUCACUGUCAGCUGCCAAUAUGGUCAUUGCCAUCGGCGCCAUCGUCAUGGUAACAGGCUUUCUCGGUUGCCUGGGUGCCAUCAAGGAGAACAAGUGCCUGCUUCUGAGCUUCUUCAUUGUCCUGCUGAUAAUUCUUCUGGCAGAGGUGAUUUUGCUCAUCCUCUUCUUUGUGUACACAGAUAAGGUGCGUGAGAAUGCCAAACAGGAUCUCAAGGAUGGGCUGGCUCUGUACAACUCAGAAAACAACAUAGGCCUGCGAAAUGCCUGGAACAUCAUCCAGGCAGAGUGGAAAUGCUGUGGAGUGAUAGGAUACACCGACUGGCACGAGGCCCUGAAGGACAAAGUAGUUCCUGAUCGCUGCUGCCAGGAGCAUUACCAGAACUGUGGGCGGAACUCCACCAACAUGUUCUGGAACAGGGGCUGCUUUGAGAAAGUGGAGGAAUGGCUGGAUGACAAUAAGUAUCUGCUGGGAACCAUAGGCAUGGUCAUCUUGGUAGUGGAGCUCCUGGGCAUGGCAUUCUCCAUGACAUUGUUCCACCACAUUCACAGAACGGGAAAGAAGUAUGACGCUUAGCCUUGGGACAAGCACCAAAUGGAGAGGAGCCCCAGUGCUUGAUGGGAUAAAGACUCUGAUUCAAACAUACAUCCAUGCUUCCCCCCUACUUCUUUAGAGCAUCCUUUUCCCCUUCCCAGAUCGUCUGUACAGAUUCCAGCUGCUCUGUCCUGCUGUCUCCUCUCACCAUUCAUUUUGCCAAAGAGUAACACAACUGGAAGAGAAGAGGCGCCUACUUUUGGCAAGGAAGAGAAUCCCAUAUGUUGUCCCUUCUCUUGAGUACACUUGUUUUUUGGCUUUUUCUGUUCUUUUUUGGCUUGAACUAACUAAUUGCUGGAGGGAAGGACAGACUCUGAGAUAAUGAAGACUUUACAAAUGCCCAAACAGCCCCCACAGGGGGAAAAACCCAUGAAACUGACAAUACCCUCCACCUCAUGUGGAGGUUUUUUUUCCUCAUGCUUACUAAAUUCUAGCCCUGUUUUUUCCCCUUGUAAAUGAAAAAGAUCCAACAUGGCAUGCUAGUUUUCUACUUCACUGAUUUAUCAUUGAAAUGUUUUUAUUUUAAACUUAUUGUUUUCUUGUUGGAUUUUUUUUGUAAGUAUAUCAUCCUGUGGAAUGUAAGUGUCGAACAGAUCGGUGCAAUGUGUGUGUGGGUAUGUGUGUGGGAUUGGUUUGAAGGUAACAUUGCUGCAGACGGGCAAAGACAUGUAAGGAUGCAGAGGUUUAGGUGAAAUGAGCUUCAUGGACGAGCAUCGCGUAAGCACCAGGAGUCAUCGGUGGAUUCAUUUUACACCAAAAAUAUAUCUGCGAACAAACUCGCACACGUGCAUUUUGUGCUGCCACACAGCAGCACACUCGCUCCCCGUUAGACAAUAUAAAUGAUGUAAAAUGGCUGUUUAUUAGGGCUCCAGCAGCACUGUCAGCUGUAGAGAUCUAGGUGAUAAAGUCCCCCCUUCGAGAAAACAGACUGGGUUGUGUACGCGCAUGCAUUUUAUCACACAGUUCAGGCUGCAGAGGAGAAAAAACCCCACUGAGAAACACUUAGAAUCCAGGGCAGGAUGGGGCAAAAACAGAGCAGACACGUUGUCUUGUUUCGGCUAUCAAUAGCGUUAACAGAGGUGGCUCUCGCCUUUCUAUACUGAAGAUCUCCUCCAUUCACACCGCCCUCCUCGUGCUUUCUCUCGGCGGCUAACUCACCCCUGCCUCUCUCUUUUCUUUUUCACUCUAAUUUUCUUUCUUCGUGUCAGGCGGCAAUGAGUUUCAUGCUCCAUCCAGUGCUUCUGCUGACAUUCCUGCUCAUCACACGUUUACACCUCCGGUUUGCAACCCCCUUCAAUUUUACGUAGGCUUCAUUUUCUCACAGCAACCAGAGGUGGGGGGAGAUGGGAGUGUGAGUGUUGCCAGAUCAAAGCUCAGACUGAUAUGUAUGGCAACAUGCCCUGUAGGACACAUCAGUUUAUGUCUGUUUACAUCUACAUUCACUGCAGGAGGCCAGAGUGCCAGCCUUCCUCCCGGAGACUGAAAAUAUUCCAUCUGCUGUGGCGACUUCAAAAAAUGCCCUCCGGUGUGUCUGCUCUAGGCUUCAAAAUCUCCAAAGAAACGGUGGAAUAAAGAACAAAGGAUCACUGUAGCUUUUGCAAGGUUGUAUUCAG